CACGAUUAUCGAAGGAUGUGCUACCGCACUAAGUCGAAAUGAUUGAACAACGACUCGCCCUCGAACUCUACGUCUACGGAAUUAUUUCGCUUCUAUACACGCACGACGCACCACCGUUAGCUGUUUAAGUUGUUCGUUUGUUCUUUGAAACGUUUAACGUUGACAUACUUGAUUCUGCCGACUUUGUUUGUGCUUUCGCACGUCACUCUUUAAAACGUUAACCAUCGGUUAACUUCAUUCUGCCGACUUUGUUCGUGCUUCCGCACGACGCUCUUUAAAACUUUGACCAUCGGUCAUACCCGAUUCCGUCGACUUUGUGCUAUCACUUGUCUAUUCAGUAGUAAUUUGAAUAAUUUUAUUUUGUUUGUAUUUUCUGUGUUUCGUUAUUCGUUGUAAACUGCCUACCUGCUAUUCAUCUGAUAUUAUUUGUUAUAAUUAAUUAAAAACAAUUACUUUUUUUUAUCUUUAUUUGUGUAUUUACUUUAGCAUAUAGGUUUGUAAUAAUGAUGAACAACGAAGAAAUCGUCGCUCUUCCAGAUCAUUUGGUGGACCAUGACUACUUUUUGCCAGUUGUGUAUGAAGAUGAUCAUAUACUGCAUGAAGAAGAAGAGGAACUAGAAGAUGAAGAAGAUGAAGAGAUUGUCGUUGUAGGAGUGUCUGAAACUUAUUCUAUAAUUCCUGGAGUUCAAAGCCAAUCAAGGAUUUAUGUGGACAAUUUAGGAUUUAAGUACUACAAACAUGAAGCUCGAGGAGGCCGCCUGUAUUUAGUAUGCGAACGGCAGAAGAAGCGGAACCAGUACUGUCAUUCCACUGCAACUGUAAGUACAGAUUUGAGGGAUAAUAGGAUUCAUCUACAGAACUACCACGAUCACCAACCUGCAGAGAUUGACCUGAAUGUGCCGUUUUUGAGAGAAGCCAUUGGUGAAAGAGGAAUUGAUCCAGCAGUUACAACUUCAUUUAUGAGAACAUUGUAUAAUAAUGAAAUUAUCAACCACCCAGAAGCAGCUCCCAACUACACAUUCCUUCAAGCUCAAGAACGAGUGAAAAAGAUGAGACGUAGAAGAUUCCCACUACAACCACUUGACAUAGGACAACUUGCUGUUGCGCUGAAUGAAGAACGUAAUGCCAUUUAUGCUUCUACAGUUCAAAAUCCCCCAUCUAGGUUCUUUCAACAAGCAUUAGUGGUCAAUGGAAGGAGUGUUGGACUGAUCUUUGCAAAUAUGGCUGCAAUUGAAAAAUACCGAGAAGACUUGGCCACGGUGACAUUGGUUGGGAUUGAUGGAACUUUCAAGGCUGUGCCUCGUGUUCCAGCAGAUUUAAAAUGUUUCCUAACAGUCCAGGUGGUUUUCAGAAGUGUAUCGUUUCCAAUGGUCUAUGCUCUACUGGGGAGUAUGACUGAAGAAGUUUAUUCGGCUCUGAUUGAUAUUGUACGAAAUAUUUUACCAUUAAAUUAUGAACUUGUUUGUUUUAUUACAGAUUAUGAAAAAGCUUUGAUGUCAGCUGUUCAGCAAUCAUUUCCAGAAAGCCAAUUAAGAUGUUGUUGGUUCCAUUUUACUCAAUCAAUUGUACGUUAUUGUCACCGAAGGAUGAAUAGUGUUUUGGACUUGGUUCGUACAAACCCGGUAGCAGCUCGAGUUCUCAGAAUGGUUUUGGCAUUACCUCAUCUACCCGCUACUAGGAAUGACCCACGCUGUCCACAAUUGUCCAUGACUGAUGGUUUCAGGGCUAUCAUUCAUUACACUAGACAAUUUCCUGAGAUUGAACGAGGCAUGAGAAACUUUUUAAUUGGCUAUGUAGAAUCUUUUUGGUUGUUACAGGUCGGUCCAGAUUUAAUCAGUGUUUUUGGAGAAGAAUAUAGAACCAACAACUACUUGGAGUCUUUCCACGCUACACUUCUUGUUCAAAUGCAAAGACACCCUAAUGUUUGGAAUUUCCUUCAGAAACUGACUAUCAUUGAAAAUCAAUAUUUCAUUGAAUUUGAACAAGCCAGAAGAAACCUCAGGGUGAUUAUUAAUUUUUAAUUAUUUUUUUUAACUUAAUUAUAUACCUAAUAAUUACAUUUCAGAUUAGAGAUGGUGCAUCAAGAAGGGAACGAGAGAACACCACAAAUAUCUUAGC